UAUCACUUUAGAGGUUCAUGCCCGCUGAAGCGCAGCGAGGUGAUCUCCAGAGUGCCCAAAACAGCGCCAAGAUACAAGAUUCCACCACCUCCUCAUUCCCCAAUGGAUGGCACCGCUGACACCUUCUUCAGCCAGGCCUGUGGGCCACAUGACGGUGCUUGAUCCCACCUCCACGCCGCGCUUGUAAAGCCUCAGGAUGUAUAAAUAAGAGAGCAAAGGGAGAAGAGGAACCAGAGGCCGACCAGACCAGAUGAAGAUGGAGCUCGCCGGGGUUAACUUUGUGCUCGCUGCUGCAGGGUUUCUUCUGUGGACCAGUGGUGGAUCUGCUGCACCCAUGGAGUGCCACUUCAACUCCAAAGCUCUGUGUGUGUUCGAGGAGAGACACUACUCACUGGGUGAAACCUGGAUGGACAACGCUUGUAUGCAGUGCACCUGUCUGCACCCUGUCGGCGUCGGUUGCUGUGAGACGGUGCAUCGGCCGGUGGAUUUCCCCGCAUGGUGUCAGGUGCGGGUGGAGCCGGUGACCUGCAAAGUGUCCCUGGUCCAGACAGCCGACCCUCGCCUGCCCUGCUCCCCAGGCGAGGACAUCCAGGACCCGAGCCACGGAUCGCUCCAGCUGCAGCAACAGCUUGAGGGGUAGAAAACCUGCUCAGACCAGCGACUACCUGAUCAAUCUGUUCGCCUGUGAAACCAAUAUUCGCUCUAGUUAAAUAUCAAUAACCACUUUUAUACACAUACUGUACUAAUAUAAAACUUUAACAGCAUCUGUAGUUUUUGGAUUGUAUCAACAAAGAAGGAAAUGUGAGUCUGUGAAAACAUAUUUAAGAAAGAAAUGUAGAACUUUACAGCAGAUUUUUGAUGUACCACAUUAACAAAUUUAGAAAGAUUUAGGCAUCUUAGAUGAAACUUUACUUUUAAUAUGUUUGAUAUUAGAGAUUAGUCUAAUCAUGUCUGAUAUGAGCUACACAACUUUAUUUUAAUAGCGAUUGUUGAUGUUUUUCAUACUCCAUAUCUGAACAUUUUUCCAUUUCUAUUAAACCAAAUGCCAUUUUUUAACUAAUCCAAUGACGACUUAUUGUAAAUAUAAGCAAAUAUAUACGUACAUUAAUAUAUGUAACUAUCCCUGUU